AUGAGUGCCGCGACCGAGACGCCUUCCACGCCCACCCAAGUACAGACACCCUCGCCCACGUCCACCCAAAGCACGUCCGCACAGCAGCCACCACCCGCAGAGCAACAAGACUUGAUUGAUUUCCUAAGCUCCCAUCGCCCCGCCGCCUCUCAUGCCCUGUCCCCUCUGCAGCAAGCCGAGUCGCCCGCACAGCCAGAGCCACCCGCACAGCCCGAGGCACAAACUUCUCAUCCACGACGCCAGUCAGCACAUCAUAUCAAGCGGCCAUGCAAUGCCUUUAUCCUGUUCCGCUCGCACGCCGUGACGACCAACCUCGUACCAAAAGAAGUCGAACGCGACCAUCGCAAUAUCAGCCGCAUUAUCUCGCAUAUGUGGCACAACCUUAAUGCGGACGAACGCAAAAUGUGGGAGAUGCAGGCGGACAUAGAAAAGCAGCGGCACAGGCAACAGCACCCCAACUACAAAUACCGUCCGUCGUCUCGUCGCCACGUCACCAAUCGGCGCAAUAUUCGCCGCCUGUCCAGCACCGAACGUCAGUGCGAACGUAUCGCCGACGCUAUUCUGAAAUCAUGUGGCCGCGAGGGUGUCACACGACACCGGCCACCCAAGCGGUCUCCACGACGACCUGCCGCAUUAGAGCGCGUCGAGUCAAAUGACAGCGCUUUCACGUCCUCGCCGUCUCUCCCACCUUCGCCCGCAUGGGCUAUCCAAUCGAAUGCAUCAUCUCCCUUCCGACCCAACAUGACCAUGUCACCUCAGCGCCCAGCCGGAUUGCGUCGGUCCUCGUCAGCGCCUCCCUGCCAUACGACACUACUCAAAGCACCAUGCCCUGAUACACGGGAAAUGAACGAGGCUUUCCGGUGGCUAUUUGACGCGUCCACUGUUUCGUCUCACCAGAGCCAAGUAUCCACACCGUCUGAUCUGGUAGCUUCGUCGGCUGCCACGACACCUCAUUUCGAUCCCUGCUGGCACUCAUCUGUGUCACCGGCAGGGAGCGCACCACCCCCAUUGAGGGACAGGCAGGUCGAAUCGCCCGCAUCGACGCCAUCGCAGACACCCUCGUCCAGCACGACAUUUGCGCCCUCUGCUGUAGAACAGCUGGAGCACUUUUCGUUGGGCCCCUCAGCUCUCUUGCUGACGUCAGGGAUCGAAGACACGCCCUUUUCCAUGGCUCCCACUCCGCCUCAGGCCACGGCACCGACACCAGGCUCUGUGGUCGUGUCCGAGACGCCGGCUAUUCCGCCCCUGUUUCUUCCACCUGUCUCACCCAAAACACGACUUCCAGCAGAUGGUCAUCUUUUGCCAACGUCAAUCAUGCCAUCCAUGGCAGAAUUUGACCACCCUCCAAGCUCACCCUGGGCAGAAAUGGAUACGGCAGCGCUCUCGGCGCCAUGGAACCCCGAAUCUGACCAAGAGCGUUGGCUCUCCGUCGUGCCUGAAACACGCGACUGGAUGCUUCCCCCCCCUCUCCUCAUGGAGGGAGACUUUUUCCACAUGACGUAA